CCCCCUCCUGCCCCAAUGGCGUGGUAUCGGCCGCUGUGCGCUGAUUGGCUGCCGAGGCCCCGCAGUCGGUCUCAGCCCGCCGCGCCGCCCUCAGAACAGCUUGGGCAGCCGCGCCACCUGACUUUCGUUUUCCUUGUUCUUCGCGGGGCCGUGCGGGGCUCCGCGCCGCGGCUGUUUGUCAUGUCGGAUUCUGGAAGUUACAGUCAGUCUGGGGGUGAACAGCAAAGUUAUUCUUCCUAUGGAAAUCAAAGUAGCCAAGGCUAUGGACAAGCACCACAAAGCUAUUCUGGUUACGGACAAACAACUGAUUCUUCAUAUGGACAAAACUAUGGUGGAUACUCCAGUUACGGACAAAAUCAAUCAGGUUAUUCACAGUCCUAUGGUGGUUAUGAGAAUCAAAAGCAGAGCUCAUAUGGCCAGCAGUCGUAUAAUAACCAGGGACAACAAAACACAGACUCAUCAGGAGGCCAAGGUGGAAGAGCACCUUCAUAUGGCCAGUCAGACUAUGGUCAACAAGAUUCAUAUGACCAGCAGUCAGGCUAUGAUCAGCAUCAAGGCUCAUAUGAUGAGCAGUCAAAUUAUCAGCAGCAUGAUUCCUAUAGUCAAAAUCAGCAGUCUUAUCAUUCACAAAGAGAAAACUACAGCCAUCACACACAAGAUGACCGUCGUGAUGUGAGUAGGUAUGGAGAAGAUAAUAGAGGAUAUGGCGGGUCACAGGGAGGAGGUAGAGGGCGUGGGGGAUAUGACAAGGAUGGAAGAGGUCCUAUGACAGGAUCAAGUGGUGGUGACUGCGGUGGCUUCAAAAAUUUUGGUGGCCACAGGGAUUAUGGACCGAGACCAGAUGCUGAUUCAGAGUCUGAUAAUUCAGAUAACAACACAAUCUUUGUGCAAGGACUUGGGGAGGGUGUGUCUACAGAUCAAGUGGGAGAGUUCUUUAAGCAAAUAGGAAUUAUUAAGACUAACAAAAAGACUGGAAAACCAAUGAUAAAUCUUUACACAGACAAAGAUACAGGGAAGCCAAAAGGGGAAGCAACAGUGUCAUUUGAUGACCCUCCAUCAGCUAAGGCAGCCAUUGAUUGGUUUGAUGGAAAAGAAUUUCAUGGAAACAUCAUUAAAGUGUCUUUUGCUACCAGAAGGCCUGAAUUCAUGAGAGGAGGUGGAAGUGGAGGUGGACGACGAGGCCGUGGAGGAUAUAGAGGCCGUGGAGGCUUUCAAGGGAGAGGCGGAGACCCUAAGAAUGGGGACUGGGUUUGCCCUAAUCCGUCAUGUGGAAAUAUGAACUUUGCUCGAAGGAAUUCCUGUAAUCAGUGCAAUGAGCCUAGACCAGAGGACUCUCGUCCCUCAGGGGGAGAUUUCCGGGGGAGAGGCUACGGUGGAGAAAGGGGCUACAGAGGUCGUGGGGGCAGAGGUGGAGACCGAGGUGGCUAUGGUGGGGAUAGAAGUGGGGGCGGUGGCUAUGGUGGAGACAGAAGUGGUGGCAGUGGCUAUAGUGGAGAUAGAAGUGGGGGUGGUUAUGGUGGAGACAGAAGUGGGGGUGGCUAUGGUGGGGAUAGAGGAGGGGGCUAUGGAGGAGACCGAGGAGGCGGCUAUGGAGGAGAUCAAGGAGGCUAUGGUGGGGAUAGAGGGGGCGGCUAUGGAGGAGAUCGGGGAGGCUAUGGAGGAGAUCGGGGAGGCUAUGGAGGAGACCGAAACCGGGGAGGCUAUGGAGGAGACCGUGGUGGUGGCGGUGGUGGUGGUGGUGGUGGCGGUGGUGGCAGCGGCGGCUAUGGUGGAGACCGAAGUGGAGGCUACGGAGGAGACAGGAGUGGUGGUGGCUAUGGAGGAGACCGAGGUGGGGGCUAUGGAGGAGACCGAGGUGGCUAUGGAGGAGAUCGAGGUGGCUAUGGAGGCAAAAUGGGAGGAAGAAACGACUACAGAAAUGAUCAGCGCAACCGACCGUACUGAUGACUGUUUUCAAUGUUCCUUUGUCUCUGACAUGAUCCAUAGUGAGACUGUCAGAGUUUUGCCUGCUGCUUUCCUCAUGGCCUCUUCUUGGGUAGUGAAAUUGACAUUUGGAUUUUUAUUUGGGUGG